CCCCGGUCUCCAAAUAAAAGGGCCGUGAAAGCCCAAGGUCGAUCGCUACAAUCUCUGCUGUUUUAUUUGCCUGAACUGGAAUAAAAUGUAGCCCAACCCUGAUUCGGCCCAACAAAGAGCAGUCCAUCUCCAUAAGCUUCAAAGAGUAAACGUCAGCUACAAAAUUAGGAAAUCCCAGCCUUUCUGAAUAGCCCAACCCUUAUUUUAACGUUUUUGCAUAAAACGUCAAAAAAGAAUACAAUAGGAAUCAUUGAAACAUUUAGGGAUUAUUAUUAUUAUUAUUAUUAUUAUAUAAUAACUUGAUCAUACUAAUUUAUGUUAAAUUUUUACAUUUUGGUGACUAUAACAAUUUUUUUUGUUUUUUGUUUUUGUUUUUUCCCUUACCUUUUUAUUAAAAGGGUAAAAAAUACAUAGUAGGGGGACAUAUUGCCAAAACCUACAUAGUCAUUGGUGACUAUGACAAUAUAUUAUAGUCUAUAGUAACUAUUAGUCAUGUUAUUUUUUAAUAAGUUUCAUUUCAAUAUUUUUUUCUUAAAAUCACUUAUUUCAAAUGGAAAAAUGAUAAAGUUUUUUUGGGACAAUUAAAAAGGGAAUUUUGAUUAAUAUUGCAGAAACGUCUAGAAAAUUCUCCCUACCGUGUAAUAAAAGGAACCUGGUUGUUAUGUUUUCUUCUCUUUCUAAAUUCGCAAUUUUGGUAUAAUGAUUACAACGGUUUUCAAAAGAAUUCACUCUUGACGAAUAAGAAAAGUUUUAUUCUUCAAAUCCCCUAUACCUAUUACUACGUACGUAGUAAUUUUUUAUGGAGUACGGAGUGUUAUUUAAGAAGCCGAUUGCUCCUAAACUAUCAAUUGAGCCGAUUUCAUUAUUUACCUUCAGCGUAACGCUUUUGCUUCCAUUUUUCAAGGUGCCUUCGAUAAGACUGCUUUGCUUAUGUAUUUCUAUACUUGGUGAUCAAUUACGAAUGGAAGUGAUAAUGAACCUGCUCAAUAAGCAGCCAGCAUCAUCAAAAACUGUUUUUUGUCAUUUCUUUCUCCUCCACACCAUCAUCCUCCUCCUCCGCCAAGGAGUGGUAGCGGACUUGAAGGCAGACAGAGAAGCCCUUGUAGAGUUUGCAUAUGUGGUGGGCGGCGGGAGUGGACUAGGCUGGAACACGGAGGCCCACAUAUGUAGUGACCGGGCUGGCGUGAAAUGCGUAGGCAGCCGGGUAGUGGGACUGCAUCUGCCGGGAAUGGGGCUGAGUGGGGCCAUACCGGAAAACACCAUAGAACGGUUGGACGCGCUGAGGGCUCUGAGCCUUGAGAAUAACUCUUUAACCGGAUGGCUCCCGUCCAAGCUCAUCAAUUUGAAGAGCUUGGACGUGAGCAACAACGGCUUUGACGGCCCCAUUCCGGCGUCACUCUCGAGGUUUCCUCAUUCGUCCUUUGUGGGGAACGCUUUAUUAUGCGGCCCGCCCCUAAUAAAUCAGCCGUGCCACCGUCGCCUCCGUGAUGAGCUUGACAUAACCUCAUAUUCCCAGCUACCAUCUUCCUCUCAUCCACUCCUAUCUCGCGGCCUUCUAAAGUCAAACACAAAGACGACGAAAAAGAAGGAAUCGCAUGUGGUAAUUCACAUUGUGGUACCUCUUUCAGUUGCUUUAACAAUUUUAGUAAUAGUAGCAGCAUUGUGGUGUUACUGUAAUUGGGAAAAGGUUAAAGAUUGUUGUAAAUUAAAUGAGAAUGGUCUGUAAGUAAUUGAAAGGCUGUAACCUGUAAGUAUGCUACAUUUACGCGUCCCUCGCGGCCUCGCCGCC